AUGAUCGCUAUCGACGUUUCUGUAGUGAGCUCAGAGCAGCUGUUGGUGGUGGAGUGGCUGAAGAACGAGGAGAUCAUCGACCCGGCGGAUGACAGGAACUACUACAUCACCAUCGACCACAACCUGAUCAUCAAGCAGGCGCGUCUGUCCGACACGGCCAACUACACCUGUGUCGCCAAGAACAUCGUUGCCAAACGACGCAGCACCACGGCAACGGUCAUCGUCUACGUGAACGGGGGCUGGUCCACGUGGACCGAGUGGUCCGUGUGCAACAGCCGCUGCGGCCGCGGCUUCCAGAAGCGCACGCGGAGCUGCACCAACCCAGCGCCCCUGAACGGAGGAGCCAUCUGCGAGGGCCAGGGCCUCCAGAAGCUGGCCUGCAACCCCCUCUGCCCAGUGGACGGCCUGUGGACAGAGUGGACUAAGUGGUCCCCCUGUGGGACAGAGUGUACCCACUGGAGGAGGAGAGAGUGCGGCGCCCCCGCGCCCAAAAACGGGGGGAAGGACUGUGAGGGCACGGUGCUGCAGUCCAAGAACUGCACCGACGGCCUGUGUAUGCAGAAACCAGACCCCUACAACCCCCCUACCCCCCCAGAACCAGACCCCUACAACCCCCGUACCUCCCAGAACCAGACCCCUACAACCCCCCUACCCCCCUCCAGAACAGGACCUGACCCAGAACUCCCCUCCACCCUCCUAGAUCCAGACCAGCCCUAG